CUGUCGAGAUGCCCCGUUAUGUUCAGUUUUAUGUUGCUGCAAAGUAUUUAACUAUGAUAGCAUUAAAUUUACCUCGGCACAGUCCAUUGAUCAGUAAUUUAAAUUUGUGUAGAAGAACAUUGUCUGACCAAAGUCGUUAUCAGUUUCUUCAACAUUCGAAAUUACCUACCUAUUACUUUCAAAAAUCGUUACCUCGUUUACCGAUUCCAAAAUUAAAGUUAACAGCUUCUCGGUUUCUUUCUGCUGUGCAGCCUCUUUUGGAUCAGAAAGAAUAUGAUCGCACCGUUCGAAUUUUAUCAGAUUUUAUAACGGGUGACGGAAUCGAAUUGCAGGCAUUACUUCAAAACUACGACAAUUUAAAUAAACAUACAAGCUACAUAUCAGAGCCAUGGUUCGACAUGUAUUUACGUGAUAGAAGUCCAUUGCCUCUUAAUUAUAAUCCCUUGCUUAUUAUGAAACACGACACAAAAGAGGCAUAUCAAGACCAAUUGCUGCGCGCCACUAAUUUAGUGAUAAGUUCCAUGAGAUUUUGGCGUUCGUUACAAGCACACCUAUUAGAUCCUGAGAUUUAUCAUCUGAAUGCUAAGAAAAGCGAUACGCAGGGAUUUAAGAAUAUUAUGUGUCUUAUUCCUGAAAGAAUAGCCACAUAUGCAGCUUAUGCUUUCAAAGCUUUUCCUUUGGAUAUGAGCCAGUACAAACGACUUUUUGGAGUAUCUAGAAUACCAGGAAAAGGGAAAGAUUCCUUAGUGCAAAAUGAAAACUCAAAACAUAUAUUAGUCAUUCGUGGUGGCAAUUUAUAUUCAGUAGAUGUGUUGGACAAAGAUGGAAAUAUAGAAAGACCAGAAGUAAUUCUCGGGCGUUUGCAUACGGUUUUAAAUAAGGCUGAUACUAACGGUAGUUCCACUGUACCCAUUGGAACUUUGACUACUAUUAAUCGGGACGAAUGGGCUAGUUUGCGCCAGUAUUUAACCGAUAAUAUAGGAGGGGAAAAUAAGCGACUUCUUGAAACAGAAAUUGAUGCUGCUUUGUUUUGCCUUUGUUUAGACUCAUCUAAUUCCCCCAAAUACAGUGAAGAAAAUUUUGUACCAUUGCUCAAGGACUUGUUAGCGGGUGACGGCAUAAAUCGUUGGUUUGAUAAAUCAGUAUCAUUAAUAGUAACUGCAGAUGGUACGGCCGCUGUAAAUUUCGAACACUCGUGGGGCGACGGAAUCGCCGUACUAAGAUAUUUUAAUGAGAUAUACCAAGAAACUAUAAAGAAUCCUUUUGCAAAGCCUAGUAUAAUAGUUAAUCAUACUGAAAAUAUAAAGUGCAUAAGAGCGAUCAAACUAAAAACAGACGCAUAUGUAGAAAAUGCAAUACAAAAAACUAUAUUGAAAAACAAGCAUAUAAUGCAGCAACUGAAUGUAAAUAUUCUAAAAUAUCCGGAACUGAAUAAAGAUAUAUGCAAAUCACUUGGUUUGAGCCCUGAUGCAAUAAUGCAACUUUCAUUUCAACUUGCAUAUAAAAGAGCUUUUAAUGAUUAUGUUGGAACUUAUGAAUCUUGUAGUACGGCUGCAUUUCGACACGGCCGCACCGAAACCGUACGUCCAUGCACCAUGGCGACAAAACACGUGUGUGAAAACUUGGGACGAAGUCUUGCAAAGCAGUCACAUUUAAGUGAAUUAUAUUCCUUAAUCAAACAGAGUUCGUACGUGCACAAUGAGCUAACGAAACAGGCUGCAAUGGGACAAGGUUUCGACAGACAUUUAUUUGCUUUAAGACAUCAAGCUAAACUGCAUGGAAAAGAAUUGCCUGCUGUAUAUGAAAGUGAGGCGUAUGCUAAAAUCAAUCACAAUAUCAUUAGCACUUCAACCUUAUCAUCCAACGCUUUGUUGGCUGGCUCUUUUGGUCCAGUGGUACGAGAUGGUUUGGGAAUAGCAUAUUCAAUACAAAAUGAUUAUUGUGGUGCAAUAGUUUCUUCCUAUGAAAAUGAGCGCAACGGAAAAGAAUUUGUCGACAGCUUACAAACAGCAUUUCGUGAUAUAUCCAGAGUUUUAAAACAUCUAGUGAAAUAAGCUAUAUAAAA